AUGCGUAUUUAUGAUGAGUUCAAAUCAUCAUUCAUCAGUAUUUGCUUCUUAGCCUAUAUCUUCUUCGUUAGUGGAUUAAUUAUCAAUUUUUUACAAUUAUGUUCUUGCAUUAUAUGGCCGUUUAACAAAGAAUUAUAUAGAAAAAUUAAUUGCUAUUUGGCAUUGGGUAUUUGGAGUCAAUUUACAUUUCUGGCACAAUGGUGGUCGAAGAGUGAUUGUGUGCUUUAUAUCGACCCAGCGGAUAUGGAACGAGUUCGUAAGGAACACGCUAUUGUCAUAAUGAAUCAUAAAUACGACAUUGAUUGGCUUGCUGGUUGGAUAAUAUGCCAACGUUUAGGAGUAAUGCAUGGCUCGAAAAUAGUCGGUAAACAAUCUCUUCGCUUAGUACCCAUUGUCGGAUGGUGUUGGAUAUUUACGGAGUCGAUCUUCUUACGUCGAGUGUGGGAGAGUGAUCGAGAAACAUUAGUCAAAGAUUUACGCAAAGUUUUAGCAAAUUAUCCGCAGAAUUACUUUUUUAAUUUUUUACUCUUUUGUGAAGGAACACGAUUUACGGAGAAGAAACGCUUAGCAAGUAUGAAAAUCGCCCAAGAAAAGGGCUUACCAGAAUUGAAGCAUCAUAUCUUACCACGUACAAAAGGUUUCACACUUUUGCUGCAAGGUGCAGAAAACCGAAUUACGGGCAUCUAUGAUUUAAAUGUUGGUUUCAAAAAGUCCGGUGCUGAGCCAACAUUUCUUAGUAUAAUAAAAGGUCAUGCAUGCCAAGCGGAGAUUUAUGUUCGACGCACACCGAUAGCUGAUAUUCCUACAGAUACCGAAGGGUGCAGUGAUUGGGUGCACAAAUUAUACCAGGAAAAAGAUCAGAUUUAUGAUUAUUUCCUUCGUCAUGAUACAUUCGAAGGAAAUGGUUUAGUUCGCGUUGAGAUUCCUCGAAAUUAUAAAGAUCUACUGAUUGAAUUGGCCUGGAUGGUCAUUAUCGGUAUACCUUCGGUUAUUUACCUAUGCAAAUUCCUUUGGACAAGCACAUUUCUUGCCCAGUUCAUCUUCGUCAUCCUCGUCAUACUCGCAACUAUCGGCGUUCGAGCAAUGAUUGCGGUCACGGAAACUGAACGUGGUUCACAUUAUGAAAUAAAUCUGUGGCAAGCAUCGAUGAGACUUGAUCGAAGUCUUCUCAGGACCAUCCAAUCAUUAUUACCCGUGCAAAUUUUUAUCGGUUAUGUCUUUGUGAUAUCUGGCUUAAUUGUAAAUGCUGCUCAACUGCUUUCAGUCAUUUUCAUUUGGCCGUUUAGUAAGCAACUCUAUCGUCGUGUGAACUAUUAUCUCGGAACAUUACUAUGGAGUCAAUUGACUUUUCUAUAUUCAUGGUGGGCCGAUUCCAGUGUGACUUUCUAUGUUGAUCCAAAGGAUAUUAAAGAAUUGCCCAAAGAAUAUGCGAUUAUCCUUGUUAAUCAUCGCUUUGAAAUCGAUUGGUUAGUUGGGAUGGUUGCUGCACAAAAGCUAGGUAUACUUGGAGGAUUGAAAAUAGUUGGAAAACGUUCGUUGAGUUUAAUACCACUUCUUGGUUGGUCGUGGUUUUUUACGGAAUCGAUCUUCUUACGGCGUGUUUGGGAAACUGAUAAGACAGUGUUGGAAAAUGAUAUCCAUCAACUUUUACAUGGUUAUCCUGAUAAUUAUUAUUUUAGCUUUUUGAUGGCUUGUGAAGGUACUCGAUAUACAGAGAGAAAACGUGAGGAGAGCAUGAAAUAUGCGCGUGAGAAGAACCUACCUGAACUAAAAUAUCACAUCUUACCACGUACACGAGGCUUCACUAUGAUCAUGCAAGGUGCAAAAGGGAAAAUACCUGCCGUUUACGAUUUCAUGCUUGCAUUUUCGAAAGAUAGUGCUUUGCCAACAUUUCGCACUUUGCUCAAGGGAGAAUCGUGUAAAGCUCAGCUUUACAUCAAGCGAUACCCGAUCGCAGGAAUUCCAUAUGAAGAUGAAUCGAAAUGCUCCGAUUGGUUGCAUCGUCUUUUCCAAGAAAAAGAUCGUGUUUAUGAACAUUUUGUUCAAUAUGAUAACUUCGUCGGUCUCGGUGUUCCUCAAAUACCUGUUGUUGGGAAUUAUUCUGAUCUACUGAUUCAAUUAUUUUGGCUUCUAAUCAUCGGUUUUCCGUCUUUAAUCUGGUUUUUUCAGUUUAUUUUCCAUAGUACAUUACUCGCGAAAAUCAUCUUCUCAAUCAUUAUUCUUCUUGCUUAUGUGACUCUACAAUUAAUGAUAAACAUGUCCGUCAUUAAAAGUGAUACAAAAACAAGCAAAACGAAAUAG